AUGCCCUCCACCACUUCCAACAACAUGCCACUCGUUUCGGCAGACAAUGAGUGGUCUCCUCUCAAGGCCGCCAUUGUCGGCCGCGCUGAGCACUCUGCUUUCCCCUCCGAGCCUCCACACAUGAUUGCGGCAACGAUGCCGGAGGAGCAUGCCCACAACUUCAAGCCCCUGCACCCUUUCCCGGCCGACAUCGUGGCCAAGGCCCAGUUCGAGCUUGACAACCUCGCUGUGCUGCUCGAGAGUCACGGCGUGCGCGUCUUCCGCCCCAAGUCUGUUGACUGGCUCAAGGCCGGUGGCUACACCGGAGCCAUGCCGCGUGAUGCGUUGAUGACGGUCGGCACCUCCGUCAUCGAGUCCCCGUUUGCUUGGCGAUGCCGCCGCCGUGAGGUUGAGCUCGGGUACAGCGACAUUUUGUCUGAGCUGAGUGGUGGCCCAGGCCCUGCUCGCAUUUGUCGAGCCCCCUUGAUCGUGGGCGAAGACACGCUUUAUGACGGCCUCCUCACGCAUGAGGAACCACAGGCCGCCGAUGGCACCAACGGUGUCAAAAGUCAUGCAUGGGCCAUCAACAACUCGAGACCUGCUUUCGACACUGCCGACUUUAUGCGUUUUGGCAAGACCAUCAUCGGCCAGCUCAGCAAUGUCACGAACCAGAAGGGCGUCGACUAUCUCCGCGCGAUGCUGCCGGACAGCUACGCUUUGGAGAUUCUCAACGUGACGGAUGAGCACGCAAUGCACAUUGACGCCACUCUUUUACCCCUCCGCAACGGGCUUUUGGUAUACAAUCCCGAGCGCGUCACGGAGGAAGAUCUGCGCCGCCAUACCGUCUUCGGAGACUGGCAGCUAGUCGCUUAUCCAUUCACUCCCCAACCCCGUGAGAAGAAUCGCCCACCAAUGUACAUGUGCUCGACGUGGCUGGUGCUCAAUGCGCUGUCCAUUGACGAAAAGCGGAUCUUGGUCGAGCAAAAUGACACCCAGUUUGCGGAUUGGGUAAGAGACGAGUUUGGAAUGGAGCCGAUUUUGUGUCCCUUUGAGAACGUAAACAGCCUCGGGGGAUCGUUUCAUUGUGCUACGGUCGAUCUCGUUCGUUCGGCCUGA